AUGAGAGGCUGCCUGCUCCUGCCCCUUCUCCUGUUGGGGACAGUUUCUGCUCUCUAUCUGGAGAAGGAUGCCCCCCAUCUGGGUGGUCCGGAGACAAAGGCAGACCUGAGCCAGGAUCUGGAAGGCUCAGGGGGGCAGGAAGGAGUGCUGGCCCUGAGUGGUGAGGUGCUUGAGUCGGAGGCACAGGAGGCCGAGGGCGCCCAUGAUGAUGAGUUGGACUCAGAGUUAGACCCAGAUGACUUAGAUGAGGACGUGCAGUGCCCCAAAGAAGAGGAGACAGUGCGACUUCCGGGCAGUCCUGAGUGCGAGAGCUGCCGCUACAGGGUUGUGCUGACUCGGCGGAGGUUUAAAAGAGCUCAGAGAAUAUGCAGGAAGUGCUACCGAGGUAACCUCGCCUCCAUCCACAGCUUCAGUGUCAACACUCUCAUCUAUCACUUGGCCAUAAGGACCAACCAAGCGCAGGUUUGGAUCGGAGGCUUCAUCAGAGGUCGGUUACAGUGCAGGAGAUUUCACUGGACUGAUGGGAGUUGCUGGAAUUUUGGAAUCUGGGCUGGAGGCCAGCCCAGGAAUGGGAGAGGCCACUGCGUGGCCCUGUGCACCAGAGGGGGUCUCUGGAGAAGAGCUCCAUGCAAAAGGCGGCUGCCCUUCAUCUGCUCCCACUAA